GACGUCACGCGUGUCCAGCGCUCGCUGCGUCGGCGGUUUCCUGAGGACUCGGAGAAGUUGACGGUGAAGGUGAAGUCGCUGAUCGAUUGAUUGAUUGAUUCGCGGUGAUCAAGUGACCGGGUUCUCGCCGCGAUGCUGCAGUGGAGCGCCAGGAGUCCUCAGCUCUGGCACGAGUUCGUCAAUCACGAGGUUUGUGUGACGAACCGAGAUCAGCAGCGCUUCGAGGGACGCAUGUUCACGGUGGACCCCGUUUCUGCCAGUGUGGUGCUGCUGAGCGUCCAGGAGAACGAGCGUCCGUCGGUGAGGGUGAUUCUGGGUCACGCGGUGACCGAUGUCCAGAUCCUCAGGAGAGGAACGGAGGAAACGGAGCGUCAGAUGAAAGUUUGAG